AUGUCGUGUAUCGGAAGACGAGCAAGUUCUGGACGCUUUGCCAGGGACUCUCUAGUCAAUAAUGAUUUAGUUCAUUCAAUUAAUCCCGAAGUUUAUCAGCGCAAAUAUGUUUUCGAAGUUGCUUGGGAAGUGGUCAAUAAGGUUGGUGGAAUAUAUACUGUCAUUCGGACUAAAGCCGCAUCUACGGUUGAAGAACUUGGUGACCGCUAUAUUUUGAUAGGACCUCUGAACGAAGUAUGUAUGAGAACCGAGGUCGAUGUUGCUGAACCAACUAACGAGGCACUGAAACGGACCAUCAAGGCUAUGCGUGAUCAUGAUAUUAAGAUCGUUUUCGGCCGGUGGCUUAUCGAGGGCUAUCCAAAUGUUAUCCUAUUUGAUAUCGGGUCUUCCGCUUGGAGGAUCGAUUCGUGGAAGAAAGAGUUAUGGGAAUCUUGUAAUAUCGGCGUUCCUGUUCACGAUAGUGAGUGUAACGAUGCUGUCAUUUUUGGCGGACUUGUCGCCUGGUUUUUGAAAGAAUUUGCUGAAAAUGCGCAAGAAUUAGAAACGGAUCCCCAACCGCCAAUUAUUGCACAUUUUCAUGAAUGGCUGACAAGCAUUGGCCUAAUAUUUUCACGUACACGUCAUCUGCCAGUCGCUACUGUGUUCACCACUCAUGCAACACUUUUGGGGCGUUACUUGUGUGCAUCUUCCGUCGACUUGUAUAAUCACCUUUCGAAGUUUGAUUUGGACAAGGAAGCUGGUGAUCGAAAUAUUUAUCAUCGUUACUGUCUUGAACGUGCCGGUGUUCACUGUGCGCAUACAUUUACAACAGUUAGUAAAAUUACUGGGUUAGAAAGUAAAUAUCUUUUACGAAGAGAACCAGAUGUCAUCACUCCGAAUGGUCUUAAUGUUAUUAAAUUUGCUGCUCUGCAUGAAUUUCAAAAUCGUCACGCAUUGGCGAAAGAAAAGUUGAAUCAAUUCAUUCAAGGACAUUUCUAUGGGCAUUAUGAUUUUGAUCUUGAUAAGACCUUGUACUUUUUUAUUGCUGGUCGUUAUGAAUUCCAGAACAAGGGUGCUGACAUAUUUAUUGAGUCACUGGCUCGUCUUAAUCAUCACCUAAAACAAGCUCAGACUGAUGUCACUGUUGUCGCAUUUCUCAUCUUUCCGGCCCACACAAAUAGUUUUAAUGUGGAUUCAUUUCGCGCUCAAGCUAUAGUAAAACAAUUACGUGAAACUGUGAACUCAAUUCAAUGUGAAAUGGGGCAUCGCUUGUUUGAAGUAUGCCUUCGUGGACGUAUUCCCCAAGGAACUGAUAUACUUACUCAGGGUGAUAUAUAUCGACUUAAACGUUGUAUAUACGCAACACAACGAAAUAAUUUACCUCCUAUUUGUACACACAAUGUCGUUCAAGAUAAUAUCGAUUUAGUGUUAUGCAAUUUACGCCGAUGCCAGCUAUUUAACGAUCGUCACGAUCGUGUUAAGGUCAUUUUCCACCCGGAGUUUCUGAGUUCUACUAAUCCACUAUUGCCUAUGGAUUAUGAAGAAUUUGUACGGGGCUGCCAUUUAGGUGUAUUUCCUUCCUACUAUGAACCAUGGGGUUAUACACCAGCUGAAUGCACUGUAAUGGGUAUUCCCUCUGUAACCACUAAUCUUUCUGGAUUCGGUUGUUUCAUUGAAGAGCAUGUAGAAGAUCCCAAAUCUUAUGGUAUAUACAUUGUUGAUCGUCGUUAUCAAAGUUGUGAAGAAAGUAUUCAACAGUUAACCAAGUACUUAAUGGAAUUCUGCCAAUACUCACGACGUCAGCGUGUAGUUUUGAGAAAUCGUACUGAACGAUUGAGUGAAUUACUGGAUUGGAAAAAUUUGUCGUCGUAUUAUAGACGUGCUCGGCUAAUGGCUUUGAAAAGUUUUGCUCCUGAAUUAUUCACAGCUAACAACAAUGAUGAUGCAUUAUCUUCUCGUAGUUUCCAUGUCAGUCGACCGUAUUCAGCGCCUGCAUCUCCAUCAAUUUCUGGUCAGUCAACACCGUUGCCAAGUGCUGGUGCCUACAGUUCUGGUCGUAGUAGUCCUACAUCUCAUUUAGAUACUGACGAGGUUGAUGAUGAUACAGAACGCAUUGAAUUAGGUCUUAGAACAAUUGAAAUAGGCGGCGAUAGUGUUACCGCGUAAGAAAAAAAAUUAGAAGAAUAAAUAAAAUAACAUUUCUGUAUGCCUAUUUGAUGUAUACUUCAUAGUUCAUUUUAUUUCUUUUCUGUCAGUUUAUUAACUUUGCAGUAGUAUUUGUGCCAUUUCAUACAAAUAAUAUCCUAUUUACUUUCACUGAACUCAUCAUAAUUUUUCUUUUCUUGGUUAUAUCAUGAGGGAUUUGAUUUCACGCGAAGUUGUAUGAUAAACUUCAUCAUUUUUUUUACACUUUUGAUCUCGAUUAAUAUAUGUACCUUUUUUUCUUCUGGCAUAUGAUCAGGUUCACACACACAACCCUUAUUCUAAAAAUAAAAGUGUAUUAAGUUGUAACUUUAUCAUGAAUACCUUUCAUUCAUUGUUAUCAUAAUCUCAGUCACUUGCGUAUCUUGUAUUGCCGAACCUAGUCGUGAUUUUUUUUAACUUUUGAUUUUAAUUUUAAAUGUCCAUGUAUUUUGAUUUGCUUUUUCUUGUUCUCAUCUCAUGGUUUUGCACUAAUUCUUUACUAUGCAUUGUUUGUCUCUUGCUAAAUGUGAUUCUAUCGAUUUGCUGACUCACACGCACCCCCACAUACAUUGUGAUGAUUUCUUCUUCUUCUUUUACUAAGAUCCCAGUGCAGCAAUUACCGUUGACUCUGUAUUUCCCAUUGAUGAUAGUGCAAUCUCAAUCUACAAUGCCUGUUACUUUUCUCUUUUAUUAGAUAUUCUAUUUUAAUAUUCUUACUUUCUGUUGUUAGUAAUAUAUUAGUAUUUUGUUCUGGAGUUUCAUAGACAAGGAUAUAUUUGAUAAUCAUUAUCUCUAGCUUGGGUUAUCAUACUAAUACUGAUACUGUUGAUAUUGAAACCUUUACAGAAAACACUUGUGUUUGUGGUGUUUCUGCAAUGAUGUGUGUGUGUGUGUGCGUCAUGUAACGAAUUAUCCUAUUCUGUAUUUCUCUAUAUCUUCUACUAGGGAAUCAUUAUUACAUUUUGUUUUCUUUUAACUUAUAUGAAAAACAACUUGUCCAUCUUGUGUUUUUUUGUUUUGUUUUGUUUUCUACAAGAUAUUCUACCAUUAAACCCAUCCGCAUUGCAUGACGUUUCCUUUUUAGAUAUUCGCUGUUUUUUCCAAUCACAAUCUCUUGCUAUUUUGUUGAAUUGUACUUAUCUGUCAUGUAGUCUACAUUUAGAAACAAUAAUAUUUUUUAAGAAAAAAGAAGUGAAUCUGAAAGUAAGUAAGUAAAUAAUAUUCCAUGAUUGAUUGGAAGCUUGGGAUAAUUCAUGUUGUCUGUCAACAUAACCUGGGUUUAGAGCUUUCUAUUGAGUGGGUUUUCGUUUGUAACAUUUGACAUUAUAGUGCAUUUU